AUGCCCCGUGACGAUCGAUUCCACCGAUCAAAGACCGUGCGACGAGAAUCGACCUAUCUGUUCAUUCUGCUCUUUGCGGGAUCUAGAGUGUCAGUACCCAUCGGGCCUGAAAUGGGUCCAUCAGACGCAACCGAUGUCUUCGAGACAUCGAUCUCGCAGAGGACCUCGGCCUAUGAAUGA